CAAAAAUUACGUGUGAUGAGUAUCUUAUGUGCGUGUGAGUAUAUAUAACCUAUAAACACAUAAUCUUAUCUCACCAGUCACCAUCUUCCUCCUCUUAUUUCCCUCUCUUAAGGACGAAGAAGAAAUCUGAAGAAGGCAAAAGGUUCGAGGGCGAUGGCGACGGAAAACAACAGAGCGGACGAGAUCGUAUUUUCUCAGGAACGAGAGGCUACCUCUGGUGCAAACAAAUAUGGAGGUCUUGUGCCAAAGAAAAAGCCUCUCAUUUCGCAGCCCAAACGUGCCUUUUUUGAUUCUGCAGACUGGGUUCUGCACAAGCAACAAGCAAGUGCAGAUGAGAGAACUAUAGAGGCAAUAGAAAGCUUAAGACCCAAACUAGUGAGGACGCCUCACAAGCAACUUCCCCCGAGGGGACCUACCUUUUUAACUGGACAAGAGAAUCUGACAUAUUCGAGCUUUUAGGGCAAACAGACGUGGAAAUGGAGAGUGGUUGGUUUGGUGUUAGCCUACUCGCGUGCUUCAUGUUUCCAUAAAAUAAAACUUUUAUCCAGAAUAAAUGUAUAACUGCUUGAUCGUUUCUUUAAAUGGUGCAGACAAUCAUUGCUGCUUCUUUCUUUUUCUUUCCUAAUAUAUAAACCUUGUUUG